AUGAUUCUUUUACUGCUGAUUCUUACACUACUUUCCCUGUCUAGGGGCAGACCCAAUUCAUCGAUUGUAAAUCAUUCGACGCAACUGCUCCGUCGACUUGGGGUGAAACGUGUGCCCUUCCAAUUUGACCCCUAUAAAGAGGGUUUGUAUUACACGAACCUGGAUCAGAAUCUGCGGCAAGUGAUACUAAAUGCGCGCAACUGGACGCAGAUAUCGACACUCUCCAACAUCGACUUUAUACGAGCACAUAAUGUUGAGUUGGGCAGAAUGCAGCAAACGAUUCCGGCAAGUUCAAGAUUCCCGUGUAAUCUAAGCCAGACUAGGUCGCCAGAUGUAGCCAGCCACAUCAGUCGACUGCGACCAGGUGAUAUUGACAUUGUGGCUGCCUUUGGGGACUCAACGAUUGCAGGCACUGGUAUUAUGGCAUUGGGAUUCUGGGAUCUAAUGGUUGAGUAUCGUGGUUUCGCAUACACUGGCGAUGGCAUCGAAUCCUGGCGCACAGUUCUCACACUGCCCAAUAUACUGAAGCUAUACAAUCCAAAUCUCUAUGGCUAUGCUGUGGCUCAUAGUCUGAGUGCGGAUGUGAAGCGAUCGCGUCUCAAUGUCGCCGAGCCCAUGCUGUAUCUAUUGGAUCUGCCCUUUCAGGUGCACGUGCUCAUCGACCGAUUGCACAAGGAUCCCAAGGUUAAUAUUCAUGUGGGUCCCAAUGACAUCUGCUCCGAGUUGUGCUACUGGCACGACUUGGAGGCCUUUCUUCGCUUGGAGGAACGUCAGUUGUAUGCAAGCUUCAGACUACUCAGAGAUAAUGUGCCACGACUACUGAUCAACUUCAUUAUACAGCCGGAUAUUGAUGAUGUAAUGAAUGUUUUUAGCGAAAUGCCUGACGACUGUACUACAAAAGCUUCCUUCUUUUGCAAUUGCCACGGCAAGUAUAAGCAGGAGAAGUAUUACAAUGUGGCAAAGCGAUUCUUUGACAUGCAAAAAUCAAUCGCAUCACUGCCGGAAUUGCAGCGCGAUGACUUUGCCAUUGUGACCCACGAAAUUUUUAAAAAUGUGAGCAAUCUAUGGUCUCGUAACGGCGCCCUGGACAAGCGAUUUAUGGCCAAUGAUUGCAUCCAUUAUAGUCAAUUGGCUCACGCUGUCCUCGCCAAGCUCCUGUGGAAUAACAUGCUAAAUCAGACAGACUUUACAUUAAGCGAGGCAAGGCGUCGACCAUUUGAAUAUUUCCUGUGCCCCAAUGCAGACAGACAGUUUUUAAGAACAACUGGUGAUCGAUUCUGAGAAUAACAAGAUUGUAUUCGUAUUGUUGAAUAAUU